UUGAUUGUUAAGGCGUCCUACCCGUUCAGGAUUAAUCUUCUGAGAUGGUUUCAGAAUGGCAACAUUCUUAUCUGUAUUGAAGCAUUGUGUAUAUGUUAAAGUUAACGAUCUGAACUAAACUUAAAGCGAAACUCUUAUAAGACUGUGAGACGGAAGAUUUGUCUGUCUUCACUGACUGCAUUUCAGUUUCCUAAAUGUAUAUGAAAUCUGACUUUGGUAGUGGCGAAAAUUUCCGCUGCUGCAUUUGCUUUCAUGUCCGUACUGGUACAAUUAUACUUGGUAUUUGGCAUUUGGUACUCCAUCUUUUGGCUUUAACUUUAUUAUUCAGUGUUUUGAUUCACCCAGAAGCAAGAAGUCGAUUUACUGCAUGGGCAACAUCUGGAACUGCCACUCCUCAUGAUGUAAAUGGGAUUUUGACAUCAGAAUAUUAUAGUCCUCAAUUACCUGAUAUAAGUGCAGGACCAGCUGCAAACUAUGCAUUUGGGCACGACAAACAUCAGCUAAAAGAUGUUCAUGUAGCAUUGGCAAUUACUGUUUGUACUGGAAUUCUUACUUUAUUUUUACUUUAUGGAACCAUCAGAGGUAAACCAAACUAUUUGAUGCCAUUUUUCAGUCUCCAAGUAUUUGAUUUUAUUAUAUCUGCCUUGACGGCUGUUGGUUAUUUUUCAUCUGUUCCUGAUGUUCGUCGUAUGCUGGAAGAAGCUUCUGACUUGCCUUUGCAGAAGGAGUUGUUGCAUUUAAAUCCAGAAUGGCUCUGCGCUAUUCUUAUGAUUGCUGUUGUUAUUUGUAUGAUGCUGAAGGCGUAUUUUAUGGGUGUUGUAUGGUCAUGCUAUAAAUAUCUGAAGCUACUGCAUGUUGCCCAGUUAGUAGAAAGCUAUAUUGAGGCUGAUAAUGAGGCUCUCUUGCCACCUGAUUAUGACACUGCUACUAAAACACCACCUCAUGCUGCAAUGUAUGCACCACCACCUUAUGCUGCUGAUUUUCAUGGAGUCUGAUGGGAUUAUUGAAAACGCCUCUUUGUAAUUUUCAUAAUUGUGAACAUUGUUAUAGCUAGUCACUAAAUUUCCUUUCUUUAAUUAGAUUAUUGGUGUGAAUUAUAAUUCUAGUCUGGUACAUAAAAUAUUAUUACUGGAA